AUGUCGUCGCAACGCAAGCGCACCGCCUCCACCGCCUUCAUACCCGACACCGACAUCGACCCCAGCAUCCCCGAAUCCGCCACCCUCCGCGCCUCCUCCGUCGCCACAGCCAGCAAGAAACUCCGCGAGACGGCCGUCGUCGAAGCAGCAGCAGCAGCAGGCGCCAACGGCAACGCCCACAAUGCCCACAACAACAACACCAGCGCCGCCCGCGCCCACGCCCGCGCCCCGCCCGUCUCCGCCCCCUCCGCCUCGGCCUCGGCCCUGACCGCCGCCCUCCUAAACCUCGCUCCUCCUCCUCCUCUCCCGCCGCUGCAGCUGUCGGCGGCGGGGCCGGCGGCGGGGGCGGCGAAGCAUGGCCACCCCAACCACCACCUCGCGCUCGAGCCGCCGUUCGAGUCGCCGGUCAAGGCGAGGCAUGAUGACGUCGAUGAUGACGAUGAUGAUGACGAUGGUGUGGGGGGGAUGUUUGGGAUGGGGAUGGGACCGGGGAUGGGGCCGGGGCUGGGCCCGGGACCUGUGGUGAUUGAGAAGCGGCCGCAGGAGCAGCAGCAGCAGCAGCGGGAGCAGGAGCAGGAGCGGGAGCAAGGACAGGAGCAGGAGCGGGAACAGGAACGGCGGCCGCAGCAACGCAUCAAGGGGGAUAUGCGGCUGCAGAGCUUCAUGAAGAUGGAGCACGCGGACCUGGCGCGGCUGACGUAUCUGAUUUACAAGGGCCUGGUGGUGGGGUUUUCGGACGAGGAGAGGGCGGUGAUGACGGAGCGGUUGCAGAGGGUCGAGGAGAGGGUGCUGGCUGGGGAGAAGGCGGGGAGGGUGUUGAGGGAGGUGAUCAGGGAGGGGUUUGUGGAUGAGGACUUUGAGGGUGAGGACGGGGAUGGUGGGGAUGGUGGGGAUGAGGAUGAGGAUGAGGAUGAGGAUGAGGAUGAGGAUGAGGAUGAGGACGAGGAUGAGGGGUUUGAGGAGGAGGGGGGAGAGGAUGAUGGAGAGGACUUGGAUGCACGCUGGACGUACAAGCGGAUUGAGAACUGGUCUCAUGCAACAAAUGCCGUGAUCUCGAAUGGUGGACUUGGUUUUUGCUUGGUAAAUCUGAUCAAGAUUGUCUAG